UCUCUCUGUGUCAUGAAAAGUUUGCACCAAAUCUCUGGAAUCAACUUGCGUGUUCUGGUGGCGCACCUGCCGUGAAGGGCGACAGCAGCUCUCUCCAUCUGCGCUUUUACCUCGGAUUUACCUGCCGGUGAUGAUGAGUUAGUGAUCCCCUCUGAAGAGAAGAAUCCUGUACCCACAUUAAAAUAAUCGGCCACAAUGAAGAAGGGACCGCUUCAUUUUCGGAGUCGGAAGAACCAGUCUCUUUUCGACACCAACGUCAAAAUGAAGGAUAUGGACAAUGUGGAGUUGGUGUUGGCGUCAUCUGCAAUCCCUGAGUCAGGAACUGCCAGUGUGCGGGCCAGACCCACAGUCAAACAUCAUGCUUCCUCUGAAACUUUUCAAGGGUUUGCCGUCCCAACUCCCACAGUCCCUCUACUCCACCAACUCAACAGUCCAAAGACCAAUGGUUCAGUUGCUCGAGAUCAGAUGUCCAAUGGAUCGGCCACAUCUGUGCCUGACCUUGUGGAAGGGGAAAUAUUUGUUCCUCCUCCUCCAUCAAUUGCACCUCCACCCCCACCUUCAAUGUCCCCUCCAACCAUUCCAAUGCCCUUUAUUCCUCCUCCACCAGACUUCAUGGGUGACCUGAACAGCCCAGAUCUGACAACCCUUCAGCCUCAGUCCAUGCCCCCACCAAAACCCACUUUUCUGCAUCCGUCCAUGGAGGAGCAGGAUUUAUCCCUCUUAAAACCUCCACCAAUGGCUCCACCAAAACCUCCAUCUACUUGCUCCUCUGGAUCUGCAUCAUCUAUGUCCAAUUCUAGUGUACCACUAGAAAAAGUUCCCGAGCCUCCAAAAUUUGCCCCGCCUCAGCUCCCUACUGAAAAACAACAGAAGACAAAUAAGACACCACCUCCAAAGCCCAUUAGAUCAUCCUCCGUCUCCAGCCUUGACUCUCCACCACAGACACCUGCACCACCUCCCCCUGUGCAAACACCAGCACUGUCCACCUUCAAUCCCCAAAACACAGCAAAACUCUACAACGUAUCAAAGACCACACUUCCCAGUGGAUAUGAAGGUCAUGAUACAAGACCUAAGCAGAAGUUACUCCUGGAAGACUCUGGGUCUGUUAACUCUGUUCCUGUGCUAGUCCAUGUGGAUGGAAAAGCCCCUAAAGUGGCCACACCACCUAUACCAGUUCCCAAAGAUGUAACAGAGUUGAAGGAGAACUUAAAAAUGAAUCAGCCCUCUCAAAUACUCCCACCUGAGCUUCACACCGAGACUAAAAGAGGGACGGUUUCAGCAAUGCCAGAAAUAAAAAAACUGCCACAGACUCCACAACCUCAAAAAGAAACUAGCGUUCAAGUAAAUUCAGAGAAGGUCCCACAAACUCCACAACCUCAAAAAGAAACAAGCGUUCAAGUAAAUUCAGAGAAGGUCCCACAAACUCCACAACCUCAAAAAGAAACUAGCGUUCAAGUAAAUUCAGAGAAGGUCCCACAAACUCCACAACCUCAAAAAGAAACUAGCGUUCAAGUAAAUUCAGAGAAGGUCCCACAAACUCCACAACCUCAAAAAGAAACAAGCAUUCAAAUAAAUUCAGAGAAGGUCCCACAAACUCCACAACCUCAAAAAGAAACAAGCGUUCAAGUAAAUUCAGAGAAGGUCCCACAAACUCCACAACUUCAAAAAGAAACUAGCGUUCAGGUAAAUUCAGAGACCAGCAAAGACAAACUUGAAGGAUCUUCAAGUCAAAACCUCAAUUUUAGUCCAAUGUUGGAUCGCAAACUACGUCAUCUGAAAGCUAGUGAAACCAAUGGGGCACGAGAGGGCUCUGCAGCCUCUCCACUGGCUCUCUUAAUGGCUGCCAAAGAAAGAGAGAAACACAGAACAAAUCAUUCUUUAUCACAAGAAGGCAGUACCAAGAAGAACGAAGAGCCCUGUAGAAACAUUCACCCAAGUGAGUCAAGUCCCAGUUCCUCUGUCAUCCCAAAGUCCGGCUUAUCUUCUCUAACGCCCACAGAAGAAAGAUUACACAAGAGUACUACAUCUCUUAGGCCCACAGAAAACACAAUACAGAUUCCAGAAAAAGACAGCAGUACUUCAUCUAACAGUUCAGCUCUCAGUAGGAUCCCAGCAGCUUCAUUCCCAACUGUGAGCAGCCAAACUGAGCAGAAACAAAGUACAGAGCAAAGCCCCUCAAUGUCCCAGGUUUUACAGCAUGAGCAGAAAGAGGUUAAUAUGCUAUUACUUCCUCCACCACCAGAGUUUGAUGAUCUAGAAGCGAUAACAGAGACUCCCCCUUCUUUUUGUCCACCUGAUCCACCUGGGAAAAAGACAGCAAUGGCAGCUGUAGGCCCUCCAGCUCCAGUUCAAUCUCCAGCCCCAGCCCCAGCUCCAGCUUUAGCUUUAGCUCCAGCUCCAGCUUUAGCUUUAGCGCCAGCUCCAGCUCCAGCUUUAGCGCCAGCUCCAGCUUUAGCUUUAGCUUUAGCUCCAGCCCCAGCUCCAGCUUUAGCUCCAGCUCCAGCUUUAGCUCCAGCUCCAGUUUUAGCUCCAGCUCCUCCUCCACCUCCAAAGCUCCCACCUUCUGACAUAGACAUCAAACCAAAGCCACAAGUCCAGACAAAACCCAAGCUGGCACCCACCCAGCUACCACCCGCUCUGUCACCCAGCCAGGCCACUCUCUUGAGCAUCUUACAAAAGAAGAUGCUGGAAAUGGACCAGAAAAUGGUCCCAGAGAAAGAAGCAGAGUCCACUUCUGAUGACUGGGGCACCACUUUGUCUGAUGAGGACAAUAAGGUCCCUGUUGCAGUGAGAGUCGGUCCCCAGACCAAAAGUUACCACCCUGUUGUGAACAAAGCAGCAAGUCUGGACAUGCGCGAGUUGGAGAAUAAAGUGAUAAAAAAAUAUAAGGAGAACCCACAAGGAAAAUUUCCCACCAGCAAUGGACCACAUUCUAAAAGCCAGUAUGGUAAAACUUUUACCAUCCGACCUGGGACCAAACAGCCCAUUACUCUUGUUACCAAAGGGGAUUAAAAGUCUGUGGAAAUUGGACUCAUCCAUUGUGCAUUGUGCAGCAGAACACACUAUAUCUUAUUGUAUAUCUCUGAAUCAGCAGAAGUGUAUAAAAUGCAGGAAAAAAGGGUAACAAUUUAGUUUCAGUGAUGUGAUUUCUAACUAUAUUAAGUCCUUAGUUAUUAGCUUUGGAGCUCCAGCUUCCAUCUUUAAAUAGUGCUUUCUUCAUCGUUUCCAUACAUAUAUGUAUUUUUUAAGUGAAAGUGUCAGGUGGAUUAUUGUUUAAUCUUUAUAGGUGCUGCUCUUUUAUUAUGUAUAAUGCUGCACAUUGCAUGUUGCACAUUUAGUCAAACUUUUUAAAUCAGUCUCAAUUUCACACGGAUCAUUUUUAUAAGUAAGCUCCACAAAUAUAUUAGAAAAUAUUAUGUAGAUGUCUUCAAGGGGGAUGUUUGAAAUCUUAUUGUAAAGUACAUUAAUGUACAAUAUAAUUGCUGUAAUUAUGUGCUUUCAAGCUAAACUGUCCUUUUACUGUUACAUUUACAUUAUAUAUGGACAUUGGUGCAAAUCCAGCAGUUAAUGUAUGCCAACAUCUGUUUCUUAUAUUUAUUGAUCUACAAUGUUUUAUCUAUUUACAUUUUAUUCUAACACUGUAAGAUUUUUUUUAGUAAUGUAGUUAAAUUGUUGAUGUACAUAGCAGUUAAAAAUAGAAAUGCAGUGCUUACAUUUUUGUUUUUAAAGGAAAUUAAAAAAUCACGUUUUUCAUCUUUAAUAGAAAGUAGAAAAAUAAAUCCAACCAGUUAUUGUGUUUAAUCGUAUUUGUGUGUAUGUGUUAAAUAUAAAACUUCUAUGUACAUUAUCUUGAUGUCUCUCCCCAUUUAUUAAUUUCUCCAA